UUCCCCAUACUACACACAAAAAAAAAAAUACAAAAACUAUUUUCAUAGUUACAAGUAUGGCUACAUACAUGUCUUGUUUUAAUGUCAAGUUUUUGUUUCUCGUACUUGUGUCGAUGAUUAUUAUCGAGGUUUCUAUGGCUGGAGGCGAAGGUUCAUUGACAAAAGAACAAUGUCCAGCAGCAUGCGAUUACCGAUGCUCAGCUACUCAGUAUAGGAAGGCUUGUCUUUUGUAUUGUAACAAGUGUUGUGAUAAAUGUUUGUGUGUGCCGUCGGGAACUUAUGGGCACAAAGAAGAAUGUCCGUGCUAUAAUAACUGGAAAACACAAGAAGGAAAGCCUAAAUGUCCAUGAUAAAUUAUAAAUGUAACUUUGCUACAAUUAAUUUUGUGUUUAGUUUGUUGUUGUAUGGUUGAUAACAGGGAGGAUUAUGGCCAAUAUUAUUGCAUAAUGCAAUGACAAA